CAAGGGAGGAGGAGGGGUACGGACCCCCUCGACCCUCACAGGAUCUCCAGCCAUGGCCGCAGGCAUCAUCAUACGAGUCUCUAAGUCCGGCUACCCGCACGGACCUGAUCUAAACAUGGGCGGGCAUCAAUCUGCUCUGAUGAUCCUGGCACUGACUGUAGUAAUAAUUCUGAUGACUUCGUCUGCGAUCAUCGCCGUAGAAGUAACACUGUCCCAGAAGCAUUAUGCGGUUGUUGCGCGUCACCCGGCAGAUAAAGCGGAAUGCCGUGAAAUCGUGGUCGGGCUGGCCCUGUUUCCGACCACGCCCACCGGUAAUGGGAACAGCACGAUCCGGGUGAGAGGCAAGUGUGUCAAAAACGCGGAAAUCGGAGAAAAUGGCCAGAUUCCCCAGCUCACCUGCAAGAGGGACGGCACAUGGCGCUCGCUGAGUGGACUCUGCAGAUGCAAGAAAGGCUACGCGGCCAAUCCGACCGACUGGACUUGCAAAGCGGUUGCGCAGCGGACACAUCUGUGUCCAGACCACAGUAGCCCAGCGUCAGUCGACUCGGCCGCCUGCCCGUGUGACGCCGGCUUCUACCGGGCACCAGCUGACCGCUACGGCUGUGCCUGCACCCAGCCGCCGUCGGCGCCGCGGCAUCUGGAGGCCGAGGCUGUGGAUCAGAGCACGGUCGUGCUGGCGUGGGGCGCUCCAUUGUGGGGCGGCGGCCGGGCCGACACCAUCUACUCGGUCAGCUGUGAGCGGUGCGGCGCCAGCGUCACCUUCAGCCCCGCUCAGACCGGUCUGCGCGGGACCCGGGUGCACGUUUCGGGUUUGAGUCCGGCGACCUCCUACCGGUUCCGGGUGUACAGCCGGAACGGCGUCUCGCCCGUGGCAGCCGGCGAAGAUGAGCACCAGACGAUCGAUCUCACCACGCAGUCGUCAGAUUUGCUGCCUCGGCGAGCAAGCGUCAGAUCAACGUCCCAUCUGAAGCGGCGGUCAUCGAAUGCGGAGAACGGGCGAUACAGCUUCUCGUCGACUGCAACGCUCGUCGUCACGUGCAUCGUCACGGCCUUCGUAUUAGUUGGCGUGAUCGUCUUCAUGGUCUUCAAACACGGGACGGCGGGCGCCCUGCGCUCGGACGCGGAGCGCGGAUGUACAGCGAAGAUUGGCCUGCUGAAGGUCCCCAUGCUACCCAGAAAGUCGUUUCCCGUGGAGCGGUAAUACUUUAGUCACUAACUUGGUGACGUCAAGAAGUGUUGGAAGGGCUGUGAUAUUUUUCGAUCUGUUCGCUUGUAAGGUAGCGACACUCCCAGAAUCUCAAGCUAAAAUCUCACUCAUGCUCUAUUUUUUAAAAGUUUUUUAUCUGUUGUGUGCGGUAUUGCUACAUUUAUUGUCCACGCUUUAUUUUAUCAUAAGCCUAAAGCUCUUAAGGGGGUUAAACGGUGUUCAAAAUGCUAGGAGGUGUUGGUUGACACGCGUUCGGGUGGGGGUCUAACUGACUGGCUAACUGACCCACCCGAAGGUUUUUCCGAAAUUAUUUCCGAACGGCGCGGUGCAACUGCGCCAAAUUUUGCGUAGCUAUAGAUAAUUGAAUAGCAGAUGGUUUGGAAUAAAAAAUUAGAUAUAAUAAGUAAGGUUGCUGACCUAUGGCACGUCAA